GUGCUGGUGUGGUUUGGAUCUCCUGAGAAUAUCUUCACCUGGAAGCUGCCAGGCUUAACUGCUGCUUCUGAGACUUACUUUACGUGUGGAUCCAUGGCGGGAGCCGUGCGCAUUGGGGACCAGCUCGUUCUGGAAGAAGACUACAAUGAAUCCUACGUUCCUAUGGAGCAGGAAAUCCGGGAUUUUGCGCCCACAAUCGGGAUCGACCCCGACAAGGAGUCAGAGCUGCUGUGGCUGGCCAGGGAGUGCCUGGUGACCCCAAUGCCCCCGGAGUGGAAGGCCUGCCAAGAUAUCGCGGGUGGUGACAUCUAUUUCUUCAACUUUGAGAGUGGCCUCUCCUCGUGGGAGCACCCCUGUGAUGAGCACUACAAGCAGCUGGUCAUCCGGGAGAGGGAGAAGCUGCUGGCACGGGGCAGCGUGAAGAAGGAGAAGAAGGAGAAAAAAGAGAAGAAGGACAAGAAGGAGAAGAAGGAGAAGAAGAAGGACAAGAAGGAGAAGCAGCUCCUGAGGCAGCUCCCUCCCCCAGGCUCCCAGCUGGCGCCCCUCCAGCCCCCCCUGGGCACCCUCUCUCCUCUCCGGGGCCUCACCCCCUCUUCCUCCCUCGCCCUUCGUGGCUCCCUGAACCUGGACCUGGGCAACGUGGUGGACUCCAGCCUCAUCCCCAAGGAAGGAACGCUGCCUGCAGAGAUCCCGAAGCCCAGCAGCCACACCAAGAACCUGCUGGAUUUGAUCUGUGAAGAGAAACGUUCCUUGAGCGUGGCAGUGCCAGAGAAAUGGAGAAAUGAAGAGGAAGAGAGUGAAAAUGAGAGUUUCCAUGGGACCUCAAGGCUGCUAAAAAACGUGUACCUGGAUGUUGAAGCCCUGGCAGGCAGCUUCGACUUUGAGGAGAACAGCAAGGAGGAGCAGGAGGAUCGUGGCAGCCCAUCAGCUGGUGCUGCUGAAGCUGCUCCCCAGCCCCACGGGAGCCCUGAGGAGGAAGCUGCCAGCCUGGGAGAGAAGGAAUCUUUAAAAUCGAGACAUCCUGAAGAAGUGGCAGAGUCUUCCCUGGACUCUGGUGCCGCGUGCCCUCCGUCUCCGGUUCAGCUCCUCUCCGGAGAUGCUGACAGCAGCCUGUCUGCCCAGGAACCUGCUGGGAGUGAAGCAGUGCACAAAGAAGAUGCUGAGGUGGAAGGAGACGCCUCUGCAGCUGAGGAGCUGCCUCAGUCUGGGGGGGAAAGGAGCGCAGCAGGGCCGGACAUGCCCAGCUCUGCCGGGCGGCCCCGAGCCGCCCCUCCGGCCACGGAAGGGGCUGGGGCAGAUCAGCUGGCCAGCCCGGCUGCCACUGCUGCCACCCUGUCCUGUGGAGAAAAGGGACUGGACGAAGAGAGGGAAGAAGCAGCAGCUGAUUCAAUAUCAGAGGACAGGCUGGAUGAUGGCAAACUUUCAAAGGCAUCCGGGGGCAGCGGCUGCGAGCAGGACUUGCCAGUCUCCAAGUGCUCUGACCAUGAGGUGGUUCAGCCUGUGGGCUUGAAGAGCCAGCUCUCCAAGGAGCUUCUGGGCCUGGGGACUGUGUCUCCUGACUUGGACAGCCCCGAGUGCAAGGCCCAGGAGCUGGGAGCAGAGGAAAAAGACCAAAGCAAAGCCAGUGUAGAGGAAGAGCAAAGGGAAAGAACAGAAGCUGCUGAGAGUGAGAGGGAUCUCAGUGCUUGUGAGGCACCCGUGGAGCCUCUGGGGUUAGAAAAUCCCCGUGGGGCGGAGGCUGCGGAGCCGGAGGAGGGAGCCCUGGAUAGCCUGGUGGAUCCCGAGGAGCUUCCUGCCCCACAGAACGUGCAACCUGAGAAGGAAAUCGAGCAAUCCUUGAACCAGCCUGAGGAUGAAACCCUGGAGGAAAUAGUCAAGGAGGUGGAGACAAAGCUGGAGCAAGAGGAAAUACAUUUAUUUCAAGCAAAGGAGGAGAAAAUCCAGCAAUUCCAGGAGGAGAUGAGGCAGAAGGAGGAGGAGGAAGCUGAAAAGCUUCAUCAGCACAAAGAAAAGCUCCUCAGCGCUCCAGAAGAAGAUUUAGCAAAAUCUGAGCGGGAAGAGGAAGAGUUGCUUCUCAGAGAGGAAAAAGCCAAGAGACUCGAAAAGCUGCGAGCCCAAAUCGCCGCAGAGAUCGAGGCAGAGGAGGAGAGGAUGAGGGCAGAGCAGGAGGCCACGCUGCAGCAGCUCAGGGAAGAGUGGGAAUCCCAGCAGCUGGUGGAGAAGGAGAGCCUGCAGAGGAAGCAGCAGCUUGCCUUGGAGGAAAUGAAGCUGGCAGCGGAGGAAGCCCGGCAGAAGGAGAUGAGCAAGCUGGAAGAGGAGAAGGAAGAGUUCCUGAACGAGCUCAGGGACAGGUUAGACAGGGAGAAGAAGAAGGCAGCAGAGGAGCUGGAAGAACAGUUUGCCAGUGAACUCCAGCAGCUGAAGUCUGCAGCAGAGGGGAAGCACCGGGAGGUCAUUUCCAGCCUGCAAGCCCAGCUGGCAGAGGCACAGAGCAGCCAGGAGGCCCAGCUACGUGAGGAGCUGCAGAGAGCAGAUCAGAAAGUGCAGGAAAAAGCCCUUAAAGUGAAGGAAUAUGAGCGUGAGCUCAGCGAGCUGAUGAGCGACAAACGGCGCGAAGUGGAGAAGGAGCACGAGAGGAGAACGGAGAGGAUGAGAGAGGAGCACCGGGAGGCCCUGGCGCGGAUCCAGCAGCAGCACGAGGAGGAGGAGCGCAGGCAGAGGUCGGAGCUGCUGCAGGGGCUGCGCAGCGAGGCCGCGCGGCUGCGGCAGCUCCACGACGCCGACGUGAAGGGGCUGCAGGCAGAGCUGGAGGGGCGGCUGACGGCCCUGCAGCAGAGGCACAGGGAGAAGGAAAGAAAGCUCCAGGAUUCAGAGAAGGAGCUUGAGAUCCGCAUGAAAAACAUCCAAGCCAGAUCAGAGCAGCUCCUGAGCCAGGAGGAGUCCCUGCAAAGGAGGAGGCAGCUGCUGCUGGAUGAGGACGCCCGGAUGCAGCUCGAAAGAGACGAAGCUGCUCUAGCCUCUCAGCUGCGCCUGGAGGAGAGCAGGAAGGAGCACUCCAGCCUGCUGGAGUCCAUCCGGCAGCUGCGCAAGACCCUGGAGGAGCUGCAGGACCAGAAGGCUGAGCUGGAGGCCCAGGUGGACUUGCUGCAGAGCCGGAGCCAGAGGCUGCAGAAACGCAUCGGAGAGCUGGAGGAAGCAAUCAGGAGCAAGCAGGAGGCUCUGAAAGAACUGGAGGCAGAAGAAAGUGUGGAAUCUCCAAGAAACAAAGCCGAGCUCUGCGUUGAAGACCUGAGAGAAACUCCUCAAGCUCUCUCGUCCAGAGAGCCUCCCCCAGCCUCCCAGAGCCCCGAGGAGAGCGACCUCCAGCUCGAUGGAGUGCAGAGCUACAUCUCGGCAGAGGGGCAGUCCCUGCGCAGCGCCAGGGAGUUGCUGCUGCGCCAGAGCCGCUCCCUGCGCCGGCGGCGCUCGGCGCUCAGGGCUGCCAGGCUGCAGUGGGGCCAGGACCUGCGCAGGGCCCAGGAGGCCGUGCAGGACCCCCACAGCUCCCAGCUCCUGCAGGGCGUGCGCCAGAACCUGGAGGAGGAGGCAAAGGAGUUGGACAAGAUGAAGUCGGCCAUGCAGAAAGGACAGGUGCUGCUGAAGAAGAAGGAGGAGAAGCUCAGCCAGCUGGAGUCCUCGCUGCUGGAGGAGCUCUCAGAUGAGGAUACACUGAAGAGUUCAGCGUGCAAGAAGGUGGUGACGUUUGAUCUGAGCACCUCUGAGGACACAAGCAGCACGUCCAGUGUGAAUCUGGGCCAGUUGAGAUCUGACUUGAGAAUGGAUUUCUGGCCUGCCCUCCAGCAGGACAGGAUCCAGCACCUGAGGGACUCCGUGCAGAGCAUCACCAGCGAGCUGAACGGGGUCCUGGGGUUCCUGGACUCCCUGAGCCAGCACCAGCCCCCUCUCCUCACCUCCACAGCCCGUGAGGGCAUCCCCCUUCCCACCUAUCCCUCCUUGGCAGGCCUGGGGGGGGGCAGCUCCCUGGGGAACCCCCCCAGGGUGUCCCCCCUGGACCAGUGGGCCCGGAGCAGCAGGCCCAGCUCUAAUUAUUCCAUCUCAGGGCAGUCAGUGGACAACAUGCUGACAGAGAAAUGGCACAGGUAUUUCCCAGGUGGGUUCCCGUCGCUCGGUGGGAGUCCUGUGCCUCUGGACAGCAAGCUGGGCUAUGUCCCUGCAGGUGAACAAAUCAGGCUCUUCCAGCAUUCCAAGUUCAGUGAGCCAGAGACAAGGAAUAUUGAGGGGAUGAUUGAGAGCAACAAGAAAUGGCUGAAAGGCUUCAAGAAGGAUUCCAAAGUACCUCUCUCCCCACUGGCACAGAAACCCCCAGGCAGCAGCCCCAGCCUCCUGCAGCUGGGACUGGAUGAAAACAGAGAGAUCAAGGUGUACCAGUACUGAAAGCUGCCGAGCCACUCGCCCGUUCUGGCUGACGAGGACGCUGCACUUCAAGGGAGCCCAUCUGUGAGAAACCAUCUUCAAAGCCAUUCUCCUGAGACAGCUGCUGGGGGCAGGCUGUGAAGCUGGUGCCCCACACCCCCCGUGCUGUGAGAGCCCCUGGGGUGGGUAGGGUGGGCAGUGGGGGGAGCCCCCCUGCUCUGCUCCCUGGGUGCAGUGUGCUGGCACACGCCGUGAGCCUGGCACGGGGAUGUUUACAUGCAAAUAGACAUCUAUUUUUGAUGAACAUCAUUUUAAAACUCUGAAGAAUGUCUGUAUUUUAUUUUUCCUUGCUGUUUUUUCUAGAAUUUUUGUAAUUACUCAAUAGCCUUAUGCCUUCCUAGGAAAGGAGGGAUCCAAACACGGGUAUCCCAUCUGCUGUUGGAUUGCACAAACCCCUUCCUGUAGGGAUUUUGCUUUUAGUUUACUGGAUACUCAGAGGACACGUGGCAGUCCUUCCAGUCAGGGGUUUUAGAAGGGACCCCACAGUUGUGGUUGCUGUGGCCGAAGCCAUAUCACUGAGUCCAUUCUGUGUUUUGGGAGAAGCAUGCAUUAAUGGUGCAGGGAAAUGCCAGUUUUUAUUAACAAUAACUUGGUUUGAAACAUGCUCCUUUUUCCUGUUAAAACCCGGGAUAGCAGCUGUAUCUGUUUUUGUAUAAAUUAUAUCAACAUGAACCUGUUUUGUAUGA